UGUGCAGAACAUUUACUAAGAUGAAGGUUGUAGCUUUGUUGGCUCUGGCCAUUAUCGGCUUCAGCUUUGCCCAAGACAUUGGUAAGUAGAAAAAUUAGAGGAUCUUCUUACUGUUUAAGAGUCGUUGAUUACAACUACAAGAAAAUAAAAUCUCUAACCUAUUAUCUUAGACAUAACACAGCGUGUUCUUUCUGUUGUUAGAAAACUACAUGUUUAAAAUGAGUCAAGCGAUUUUCCGGAAACUGGUUUUCUUCUGAAAAAAUUAAAUUUAAGGAAAAGAUGAAUUGUUAAGAUGUAUAAAGAGGGUUUGAAAAUUAAAAAUAUGUAACAGGUAAAUAAAAAAAAAUUAUAAAUCAUUAAAAUUAUAUUAAAUUCAAAACAUAAUAUUUUUCAUUAUUAGCAAGUGAACCUCCACAAGAUGGAAGUCCACCACCACCAUUAGACGGGAGACGUCCCCCACCUCGUAAUGGAGACCGUCCUCCACCUCGUGACGGAAACCGCCCCCUUCAACGAGAUGGAGACCGUCUCCCACCUCGUAAUGGAGACCGUCCUCAACAAUGGAGACAAAGUCCACCACCACCUCGUGAUGGAAGCCCACCACCACCCAGUGAUGAAAGCCCACCACCACAAGCGAACAAACGUCAACUGCCACCUCGUAAUGGAGGCCCACAACCACCUCGUAAUGGAGGCCCACCACCACCCCGUAAUGGAGGCCCACCACCACCC